AUGGAGGUCUUACCCGCCGAUCAGCCCCGCAGGGUCCGUCGAUCAUCCAUUACCGACCACAUCCACCGUGUCUUUAGUAAACGACACAGUCAAACCGAGUUCAUUCCCCCAGUUCCAUUCCUCGCUCGUGAAGCUCUUGCACAGGACAGUAAUUCUUAUGCGAGACAUUCCCUGUACGAUGAGACCGGGCCCAGCUCGCGCUCUUAUUCCUCCAACUCUCGUUUACCCUCCACUGGUACACCUGGUUCAAGUCUAUCAGUCGCAAAUGGGACCUCUAUGGAUGAUACUCCGACCCAACAAAUGACACCCUUGCCUAGUCAUCCCAAUGGAGAUGGAGACAAAGCUCCAACGUUGGACAAAACCAAGAAGAAAGAAAAGCGUGUCACACGUCGCCUGGAAGCUGAGAGAAAAGAACUCGAGAAGCGGUUGCUAGCGCUUGAGGAUGCCCAAUCCAAGGCCGACCUUGGAAUCAAUGACAGAUCCUCUCGCCGUCUGACCAAGAAACAACCGGUGGGCAGCUCAAGUAGAAGCUCUAGUGCUAAUGCAGAGCGUCCGAGAUCGUCAAGUGGUUUUUCCUCGAUAUUCCGGCGAUCACGCCGGAAUUCAAAUUCGAGCGAUGUAGACUCUCCGUCUCCCGAGUUUAGCCAGCUGAGGACAGAUACGACCCCACCUUCUCUGCCUUUGGCUCUACCGGAAAGGUUUGGAACAGCUAUCACCCGAGAGUUACAGUCCACGCAUGGCACUGCACUGAAUUUAUCCGCUUCGAACAAAAUGCCCAACGCGACCCAGCACAGCCAUUUCCUCCACAGCUCCCCGAAGUCUGAUGAUCUUCGUGAGAACUGGAAGAUGGCGGAAGCCUGGAAGAAAAAGAAUGGACUGUCCAAUCGGUCAGUGUCGGAGAAUAUUCCCAACGGUAGCCGAUCCAUUCUUGGAAAAGCUGCUCGGAACCGUGAGAAACUCGCCUCGAACGAUCUGGAUAGGGAGGUGUUUUCCGCAGCUUUGAAGCAUGACAGGAAGAGUGUGCCCGCGACAGAAAAGUCUGCUGAUCGAGUUACUUAUGACCGCUCCGUUAGGGCUACUAGCAUGUCAAUGUCGCAGAGCUUGAGCCAGCCUAACUUACAUCCAGGUUUCCUUGAUUCGCCUACUCAAGUUACCACGGCUCGUCAGUUGCAGGAGAUGACACUUCCAGAAACUCUAGAAAAUGCAUCAAUUCAAUCCAAUGCUAGGCUUUAUCAACCACUAAACCUAGCACAAACAAAUGCCACGGGAAACCUUGCUAGGAAGAAUCAAGUGGAUUCCUUCCCGCGAGCAUACAAGUCGUCUCCCCUCGCGCUGAAUCCUGCAAAUACGGAUGAAUCGCCUCAGGAUGAUACCAGCAUUCCAAGAUUACCGACAGCACAGAAUCUUGACCAUGCAAGCCCAUCCCAGCUAUCACACUCCCCCGCGCAACCUCUUCCCGCCCACCCUCUCCCCGAGGAUCGAGGGAGAAGUCGAUUGCCUGUCGCUUCGUCGCAUAUCCCCAAGCGAACUGCAAGUCGUUUCAAGGAAAACUUCCAAGAAUCCCCACAGUCGGCCGAGCUGCCACAGGUCCCAGUCAAGAGCGAACGACGGAGUCAAGAGACUUGGAGAAUGCCAACGGCGUCAACUGAUUCGCUCAGAGACACCCCCACGUCUCCAUUCCAGGUACCCGUGCGAUCUUCAUUCCAUACAGGAAGUGUUUCACCCGUGGAGAGAAGCAACCAAACAUCUAAGGACCUGUCAGAUGGCACGUUUGCUGUCCCUGCGAGAUCUCCUCGUCGAGCUUCUUGCACUUCCACUGAACUCCCUGCGAAUACCCUUGCUGUUGGAGGACCUGGAGGGUUGAUACCAGGACAUAGCCGUACUCCUUCACACACAUCUUCCCACGACGGCCAUUCAAACUAUGAUACUGCCGAUGAAGAUACCCCCGAAUCUCCUGGAUUCAAACGCAACUCUCUGACUCGUGUGGAUACCAGUCCCUCGGUAUCUGCUAUUGAAGCGCCGGUUGUACAGGAGGCUCCCGUCAGUCCGCUCAUUUAUCCCAGUCUCCAGCCUGGCAUCCAACCUAGCGUCCAAUCUAGUGUCCAACCAGUCCAACUCAGCAACCAGCCCGUUCUUCCGUCUAUCCUGCAGCCUGGCUCUCAUCGCGAUACUUAUCGCGGCAUACAGGACGGCCCUCAACCUGGCACUCAGCCCGACAUUCAUCCCGAAAGACAAACCAUCACGCAACCAGCUACCGAAAAUGGCAGCCCCCAAACCCGACUAGGCCCCAUGAGCAUCCUCAAAAGAAGAUCCCAAAAAGCGAAAUCAGCCCACAACUCACAAACUAUUGCCAAGGUCUUCGUAAUCUGCUGCCGCUGCAAGUACUGGCACGACCUACCCCCCGAAGUCUAUGCACGUCUCGCCUACCCCGAGAGUAUAGGCUCGGAUUCCAAGCUGGGUAGAUCCCCCUCCAAGAAGCAACCCGACAGCGGUACCCGUAAGCUGACGGGAUCAAAAUCACUGCCAUUCGGUAAUUUCCCAGCUCCUCAUGCUGCCAAGCCCGAUCUACGGCCUGCACCUCUUCUUUUACGCAAGGUGACCUGCUGCUGGUGUGGACAUAAUAUGAGCCGUUCUUGUUGUGAGGGAUGGGCUACUGCUGUUGAGAUGCGUGAACGUCAGCAUUAA